UGGACUACAGUUAUCAGUCAUAGACGAUACAAUCUAUGUACAUAAGUGUAUAAUCUAUGGGCUAUAUAUGUUAUCAGUUGUUAGUUGUAUGAACAAAUUUACUCGGAAAUAAAUACUAAUUUUACUAUUAUAUGUUAUCCCUUGCAUAACAAAUAAGUUAAUUUAAGUUUAACAACCAAAUAAUGAGCCCACGUAAAAAGAAAACUAAAUUAGGACCUGCGGCAAGAGCAAAAAUAAAACGCGAACUUGAAUCUACUGAGUCUAAUAAACGUAGAAAAAGUGAUUCCACAACAGAGGAGGAAGAGAAGAAAAGUAAGAAGCGAAAAAACUUUGUAACAGCAUGUGAACAAGUAUCUCUUAAAGAAUACAUGAACUAUUCGAAAAGAUUCAGCUUACUUCAUUUUCCUAAAUGUUCGAAUUCUUCUUUGUGUACACAUCAAAACACCACUAUGAAUAUUGUGCCCAUACCAACAAGAAUUGAAGAAUCAUUUAAGAUUGAAAUGAAAUCAAAUUCAUGGUGUGAGGCUCUUGAAAUUUGUUCUCUCUCUAUCAGCCCUACACAGUACUUAUCACAUACUAUAUUGAAGGAUGUUGUUGAAAUAAUGAUGAAUGCCCAUGAGGACACCUCAUCUAAAUUCACAAUGUCAAAUCUCUUAGAUCAAUGUCAACAAGUACUAUCAUUGAACUUCAAUAUGCACCCACCCUGCAUGGUUAAAAGCAUAAGAAAAUGUUAUUUAAAAUUCCUAACAUCUCCUAUGGAUCUGAAAGAAAAUACAUUUACAAAUAGAUCUGAAUUUAACUGCGAUAAAGGUAUAAUUAAGUACUGUUUCAAUAGAUUGGAACAUGAAUUAUCUUAUGAGAGCAAAGAUGAGGCUUUGGUUGAUAAGUUUGAAAACACACCAGAUAAUAUGAAACAAAGUGUACAAGGAUUGCACUGGCAAAAGGAGAAAUUUGAAAUAUUUGAAUUGUUGAACAGAUCUGAUAGAAUAGAACGACUAAUGUCAGUACUAGAAACUGUAAUAGAAUUAUUACAAUUUGAUGUGGUUAUAUGGCACUCCAGAUAUACUAACAAUCUAGGAAAUCACAUAAUGAGAUCUCAUAGACCUCUUAUGGCACACAUUUUAUGGUCAUCAAAUAUUUUAUAUACUGGUGCAGUGAAUAUAAAUUGUAGACAAAUAUUAAGGAUUUUUGUAUAUUUUAUUCAUCUACAAUAUCCAGAGCAUCACAUUAAAACUAUGACAAUAUGGUUAAACACUAUGAUACAGACUUUUUAUAUAUGUGAAAAUAAUUCAAAUAGUAACUACCCAAAUACUGGGAAGUAUUGUAAUAAUUUUGCAAAUGAGUUAUUCAAAAUAAUUUCAGAAAUGCCUCCAUCAACUAUCUUAAGAAUAUUAGAAAGAAUCAAACCAACAUUUAUGAGAUAUUUAGUGAGCAAACAAUAUUUAAAUACAAUUUUAUCAACAGAUGAAGAAGAAAUUAUAAAAGUACUUAUAAAAUUCAUUGAGAGAUCAGAAUGGAAACAUUUUCCAGAAUCAAAUGAAAAGCCUCAAAUACCAAAAACAUUAAAAGUUCCCCAUAUAAAACCUAAUAAAUUGCUAACAUAUCUUUCAAAAACAUUGACAAAAACAGCAUAUUUAGUUGUUGAUAAAAAAAGUGAUUCUAAGGUUCUCUAUCCAAAAUUUAUACCUCUAGAAGAUAUGAGUAAAGAGAUUAUUGAUCAAAAAUAUGUUGUUUUGUUAAUUUUUAUAACAUUUCAUGCUUAUUUGGACGCUUUUAGUGUGCAAGAAGUUCAAGAAACAUUAGAUAAAUUAAAUGAACAGUUAGAUCAAGAAAUACCAGAUAGCGAUAAAAGAAAUAACAUUGAAGUUAUUUCAUAUUCAGUUACUGAGGAUUUAAUUAAGAAAUACAGAUCAAUAUAUCAAAUGUUAAAAGACCUUAUACUAUUAUUGCAAAGGAAGAAAGGUGAAAUACCUGAUAUAAUACAUAUACUUUUUGAAGCAUUACCCUUAUUAGGGUUAUAAUUUAAAUUGUUGGUAAUU